GAGGGACUAUGCGAAGACGUUGAAAGCCUCUCCCACCCUGCAAAAGUCCAGAGGGAUCUCGACUGCUGACUCAGCCACUGUCGGGACACGUCGGCGGGUCGCCUAUUCCUAUUUGGGUUAUCGAUAAGAACCGCACGCGUUUCCAAGUGUCGUCAUUCUAAGACGCUUAUUACUCCAUUCAUUUCCCCGGCAUGUUGUCCGGUCUCGUAUUGGUUUUACCGUAUGGGUCCGUAAGCGGUAAUUAUUCCAUGGUCCCCGCAAUGCGCUGCAGGCGGUGUCUCGGAAUGCCUCCAUUCGGUAAAGAAACAACCAUGCAGGUACCGAGUCAUUAUUGUACCCCUCCUUCAUUGUAUGCUUUGUGGAUUGUCAGCGAUAAGCGGACUUGAUGAGGCCAUUCUUUCGCUCAUUGAUUCGACCACCACCUUUGUUUCGGUCGGCGUUAUUUGUUCAAAGGGUCGCAUCUGGUCAAAGAUUCAUUAUGGCGAGCCUAUCAACAGCUUCCAAUAAUAAGGCCAACACCUGGCAAGGCGUUGGGGCGGCGGAGUUUGACCUGAGGAGCGACACAAUGACCAAACCGACUAUGUCAAUGCUCGAAGCGAUCACUCAAACCACGCUCCUGGACGAUGUUUUCAAUGAGGACCCGGUGACCAAUGACCUGCAGGCCUAUGUAGCCCAACGCACCAACCAUGAAGAUGCAUUGCUCGUCAUGUCCGGAACAAUGGGUAACCAGGUUGCGAUUCGAACUCACCUCGUGCAGCCGCCGUAUUCUGUGAUAUGCGAUCGCCGUUCGCAUAUCGUCUGCUACGAGGCGGGAGGAGUCAGUUCGUUGACCGGUGCGAUGGUCCAACCCCUCGAUCCCAAGAAUGGCCGCUAUCUCACCUUGGAGGAUAUCCAGAAAUAUGCGGUGCUUGACGACGACAUCCACCAUUGUCCCACGAAGCUGAUCAGCCUGGAAAACACCUUAGACGGCGGGGUUCUGCCGCUCGCGGAGGCUCGUAGAAUUACAGAAUGGGCGCAUGCGAACGGGAUCAAGGUGCAUUUGGACGGGGCGAGGCUCUGGGAAGCGGUGGUGUCCGGGGCCGGUAGCUUACCGGAGUACGCUAGUUUGUUUGACAGUGUGAGCUUGUGUUUCUCUAAGGGUCUCGGGGCGCCUAUUGGUAGUAUUAUUGUUGGGUCCAAGGAGUUUAUUAAGAAAGCUAGAUGGUUCCGCAAAGCUAUUGGAGGUGGAGUCCGACAAGCAGGGGUACUCGCUGCAGCUGCCCGGGUUGCUCUCGACGAAAACUUUGGCACGGACCCCCAUGGCCAGGGAGGGAAGCUCCGCGAAGCGCAUAUUAAGGCGAAGAAAGUCGCUGAGAUGUGGCAACGCCUCGGCGGCAAGCUGUCUCAGCCAGUAGAGACUAACAUGGUGUGGGUGGACCUUGACGCGGCCGGGCUGGGGCCCAAUGACUUGGGGGAGAUAGGGAAGGACAAGGGGCUGAAGCUGUUGGGCAAUCGGAUUGUCAUUCACUACCGUACGUACCCCUCAUUCUACGGGUUAUUUAGGAUUAUCCUUGCAGCGGACACUGACUCGAUCCCAGAGGUAUCGGACGAAGCGAUUGCGCGUCUGGGCGAAGUGUUUGGGUUGGCUAUGAGUGGGAGCUAUCAACGUAGCACGGAUCAAAGCCUACCAUACGGUAGCAGGUGAAAGCCCUAAGACUUGAAAUGUAUUGAUCUCAACG